AUGGCAGAGAAAUCAAAUUCAAACAAAGAGCAUCCUCUUGCGGGGAUUGUCCUUUGCUUUACCUCAAUUCUACCGGAGCAGAGGACUGAGUUAGCGACCAUUGCAGGUCAGAUGGGAGCAACUCACAAGUACGACCUGACAUCCGACGUUACCCAUCUGAUCGUCGGCGAAACAAAUACCGCGAAAUAUAAAUUCGUUGCGCGAGAACGAGCGGACGUCACCGUUUUGAAACCGGAAUGGAUUGAAGCAGUACGACAGUCAUGGAUGGAGGGAGGGGAUACCGACAUUCGAGCCCUCGCAAGUGAACAUAGGCUCCCAACGUUUGCGGGUUUGGCUAUAUGCAUCACAGGUUUCGAAGACAUGACCUUCCGAAACCGCAUCCAGAGCACGACGCAUUCGAACGGAGCCGAGUUCAAAAAAGAUCUCACGAAGAGCGUGACGCACCUUAUCGCGCGCAAUGCCGACGGCCAGAAAUACAAAUUUGCAACGCAAUGGAAUAUCAAGGUUGUCACUAUGAAAUGGUUCAAUGAGAGCUUGGAGCGCGGAAUGGUUUUGGAAGAGACUCUGUAUCAUCCCCUCCUGCCAGAAGAGCAACAGGGUGCUGGAGCCUGGAAUCGCUCGAUAUCUACAGUCAAACAAAAAGCCCCGGAGAACGAAAAUGCGCCGAACCAUCGGCCUCGAAAACUGCGUCGCAUUGCCAGUGCGAAGCUGGGUGAUCAGAAUGAAGGGAUCUGGGGGGAUAUUGUCGGCAUGGGCAGCCAGCCGAAAGAAGGAAGCCAGAAACUCACAAGACGGCAUUCAAUUGUCCAGGAAGCCAGGUCAUUCGCUAGUGAGACCACAUUUGCAGAACCUCAACGGUCUCGUCAGCAGUCUACCGAGGCCACGAGUGGCAGCGAUGGUUUUCUGCACGAAUGUUUCUUCUUCGUUUACGGGUUCUCCUCUAAGCAGACAAAUGUAUUGCGCCAUCAUCUCUCAUUUAAUGGCGCGCAAUUGGUGGACUCCUUGAGCGAGUUUUCUCGACCAGAUAUUCCAAAGAGAGGCCACGGUCUCUAUAUCAUCGUUUCGCAUAAGAUACCUUCCAGCCAAAUCCCAUCUACGGACGAUUUAGGAUUUGGUUGCGAGAUAGUGACAGACAUGUGGUUAGAAAGAUGCCUUGAUGCCAAAGCAUUGGUACCUCCAGAAUCACACGUCGCAAACACCCCAGUUCGAAGAUUUCCCAUUCCAGGGUUUCACGAGACGAGAGUCUGCUCUACCGGAUUUUCUCGCAUCGAUCUUCUCCAUCUAUCCAAACUGGUUAAUUUGAUCGGUGCAUCAUACAAUGAGUACUUGACGCCAAGCGCAUCAGUACUAGUCUGCAAUGACCCCAAUACCGUCAACCAGGACAAGCUUCGGCAUACCUCUGAAUGGGGAGUACCGGCGGUGACUCCCGACUGGCUUUGGAACUCCAUUCGCAGGGAACAGAAACAAUCUUUCGAUCCAUACCUUAUUCGAAGACCAAGCUCUCAAAAACCUACUUCUCAGAGUACCAAACGCCUCGAAAUGCAAAUGCGCGCUAGCUCGCGUCCCGAAAAACGACCGCUUGAGAACCCAAAUGACCGCAACAAAGUGGAAGAUUCUCCUACGAAGGCCCAAAAGACCGGUUCAAUCCAAUCGCCAGACAGCCUUGGCACCCCAUCUGAUCGACGUUCAAACUCUCUGCAAGAGAGUAUCCCACAUAAGUCGAAAUCAGAUGUCUCACAGAAACCCUCAUCUGAACCGCAACCCCAAUCGAAAUCAAAACCACCCUCUCCCUCAAAGAACCAUAACCAGCACACUUCCUCAUCCGCCAAAUCCCAACCCCCAAGUGAACCGACCACCACCUCCGCCGACCUCGCCACCGUCAGCGGCUUCCUCAGACAAGCCCGUGAAGCCAACUCCCGCUCCAAUUCCGACUCAACAGAACAGCAGCAGCGCCGCAAGCGCAAGCCUCUCCUCGGGCGCGCAACCUCCCACACCUCCUCCGCCCGCAACAACGCCCUCGAGCAACAGCAGCAGCGCGGCUUCUCGCGCGCCAGCUCCAUCGACACCCUCAACGAAGACGGCUGCGGCAGCGCCAUCGAAAGCAUCAACACAGACGGCGGCGGGAUUCCCUCGCUCGCGAACAGCGGCCGUUUCGAAUACGCCGAAGACGAACAGCAUCUGUAUCGCGAGGACAAGAACGAGCCCGAGUCGCCGCCCAUGACGCAGUUGCACUACGAGGAUCCCGAUGCGCUCGCCAUGCGCGAGAAGUUCCUUUCCCAUGCAGGGAAGUUGGCGGAUAAAACCUCUUCCUCUUUACAAAAUAAGACUCAGGACCAGAACCUGGUUAUGGGGGAAGUGAAGGAUCUGGAAAAUGCGGGAUGGGGGACUGGGAGACGUACGAGGAAUGCUAAUAAGGUAUUGAAGGAUUUGUAG